AUGGCGGCGGCUCAACCACCGUCGUCGUGUAUCUUCUGUGAAAUCGCCGGCUCAACCUCCGAUACCCUUCUCCACCAGGAUGAUAAAACUGUUGCUUUUCAAGAUAUAAAUCCUUCUGCUCUCAGGCACUAUUUGGUGAUUCCAAUCAAACACAUACCCACUGUCAGAGACUUAAAGAAGAGCCCUGAAGAUUUUUCAUUAGUCAGUCACAUGUUAGAAGUUGGUCAGAGCCUUUUAAAUCGAGAUGCGCCUCAUGCCAAGCAUUAUAGAUUUGGCUUCCACCAGCCUCCAUUUAACAGUGUCAAUCACCUUCAUCUUCAUUGUUUUGCACUUCCAUUUAUUCCCAGAUGGAAAGCUGUGAAGUACUUGUCUUUAGGGCCAUUUGGGGGAUUCAUUGAAGCAGAGAAAUUGUUGCAGAGGAUAAAGCUAUAA